AUGAUGCUAGGUCGUCUACAUCUGUAUACCCACGCCGUGCCUUUCAGGGAUCCAAUACCGAACGACCUCCGCCCAAUCCCUUUCUGGGUGCUCCCGGCACAACCAGCCCAGGGCAUCAGGCAGCACGGCAAUGACGCGCAGAACAUGUCCACCAACUGUGCAAAUGGGAAAUUUCUCCCUCGUCCGGUCUUGCGCGUCAUCGCUCCGAUGCCCUGCGCCCAUUUACCAUCUCACCGGGCUCGGGUCCGCCCCUCCCUGAGCCUCGCCGCUAUCUUGUUCGCUCGGGCUGUUUCCCUCGCCAGACCAGACAAAAAUUCCGGGCUGAAGCACAUGCGGUCCGUUUUGGAGGUGUUUGUGUUUUGGUCUUCCCCAACCCCGGACCAUUGCCACGAACCGCUUGCUGUUCGUUCCCCCGAAUAUACCAUGCAUCCGCCUUACACACCUGCACUGCACGCUGUCAACAACGGGCCAACAGAGUUGCAUGCGUUACACGAGCCCGCAGUUUUGAUCCGAGGCGAUCCAGAACCCAUCCCGGGGGACGGUUAA